AUGGAAGACUUUUACGAGCUGGAGUUGAAUAUUAAAGGUUUAAAUAAUUUAGAAGAAAGUCUGAAUGACUACUUUAGUGAAGAAAAACUGGAUGGGGAAAACCAAUACUUUUGUGAGUCAUGUCAGAAAAGGGUAGAUGCCACUCGCUGCAUAAAACUUCGAUCACUUCCUCCGGUUGUCAACUUUCAGCUGAAGCGUUAUGUAUUCCUCCCGAAGACAACAACAAAGAAAAAGAUUUCUUCAACGUUCAGUUUCCCAAGACAGCUCGAUUUUGGAAAACGGUUGUCAAACCCUUCAUCUAGUUGUACUUAUGACCUGGCUGCUAUUUUAAUUCACAAGGGUACUGGUGCUAAUAGCGGACACUAUGUGGCACACAUAAAAGAUGAAAGCAAUGGGCAGUGGUGGGAGUUUGAUGAUGAGACUGUAUCCAAACUUGGUUUGCACCCGUUUGGCGAAAAACCUGGAAAGGCGUCAAAUAAAGUUGAUCAUAAGGCCCAAGGUAUCUCCACAGCAGGUUCUCUCACAGAUAAUAAUAACAAUGGUCACCAGGAGGCAGCGCCCACUUCUACCAAGGUGGAGAUGUUUUCAUCUACAGAUGCUUUUAUGCUGAUGUACAAAUGUACCACUAAGGAUGACAAUGCCACAGAAAACAAUAAAAUUGUGGAAAUAAACAAUGAUUCACUUCCACAGCAUCUUCUUGAUGAAAUUAAUGAACUAAAUGCAUCAUAUGUGAAAUCGUGUGAGGAAUACCAAAGCAAGAAGGACAGUCAUUUGACAUAUGUAAACGAGAGGCGUCAAGAAGUAAAAUCUGUUCUGACAGAAGCACCUGCUGAUCCAGAGGAUGAUUCAUACUUUUGGAUCUCAACAGACUGGCUUCGUCAAUGGGCAGAUAACAUUACUCCCCCCUCUUCCAUUGACAAUGAUCCAAUUCAAUGCGAACAUGGAAAGGUUCCAGCAUCUGAAGUCACAUCAAUGAAGCGACUAUCAUCUGUAGCUUGGGAAAAACUAUAUUCGAAGUAUGGAGGGGGACCGACAUUGAGCAGUGAUGAUUUUUGUAUGGAGUGUCUUAAAGAUGGGGCGAAAAAUGCAGUAUCUGCUGAUAUCUACCGUGAACGAAAAGCAUCAUUAAAAAACCUUGCAGAAGCAGCACUUUCUGGUAAUUGUCCAGAUGGUCCUUCUUACUUUUAUCUCAAGACAUGGUUGACUCAUUGGCUGCGGAGGAAAAAUUCUGAUAUCCCUUCGGAUGCGGAGAAUGGACCAACAAGUGUUUUAAGAUGUUGCCAUGGGGAUCUUCUGCCGGAGCAUGCUCCAGGAGCAAAGCGAGUAUCCGUACCAGAGAACCUCUGGUUAUUUCUCUAUGAAACAAUGAACGAGAAAAAGGCUGAUGAUAUUGUGACAUCUCCAUCAGAUUGUCAACCAUGUGAAAUUUGCAGUCAGGAAUUGUCUGAUGUUGCUUCUGUGGAGGGUAAUCUUAGGUAA